AAACUUAUACCACUUACGUGUCUUUAAUGUCCGUUGAUUCCCUGUUGCUAAUUAUGGCUGCCGUUGUUUGUAUGUAAUUAUUAAGAAUCCUUACCGACAGUCAUUUUUUAACUAUUUUUAAGAGAUAAAGCAAUCUAAAAUCUGUGUGAAUGAGCAAAUACAGUGAUAGCGAGGACAAUAGCUACGCCUCAGACAGACGUCAAGCUUCAACGAUGUCUUACAGAGAUAACAGAAGAUCUAGCAAUGAUGGGGGAAGUCAUUUUGGUGGCUUCAGAGUUUAUGUUGGUGACAUUGGAACACGGAUAGGCAGGACUGAUUUGGAAAAAGAAUUUGGACAGUAUGGGCCUGUAACUGAUGUGUGGAUGGGUAGGAAACGGGAGGCGACCUCACAGAAUUAUGCUUUUGUUGUAUAUCGAUACCCAGAGGAUGCAGAGGAAGCAGUAAGAGAUAGGAAUGGCAGGAAAGUGUGUGGCCGUAAAGUAAGAGUUGAGCAUGCUAAGCCUAUUAAUAGUAAUCCACGGCGUCAGAGGGGACGAGGUGGUUGGGAUAAUAGAGGUAGAGGUGAUUACCAUAGUUCCAGAGGUGGCCAGCAAUGGCAACGAUCCAGAGACAGAUAUAACAGCUACAGAAGGUCCAGAUCUGAGAGUCCAGCUAGGCAUAGUAGAUCCCAACAUUCACCUAGCAGAAACGACAGUUUCAGUGAUUCUUCACCCAAAAAAAGUUUAAAAAGAUCACCUUCAAGUUCACCUGAACCAAAACUAAGGAAUUCAAAGAGGUCUAAAAAGCAGGUAUCUACUUCUCCUUCAUCUCCCCGUUCAGACAGAAUCCAGAAUGCUGAUUCUGACUCGCGCAGCCGUUCUUCCACACCUCCACCUAAAAAGAAGAAGUCAAAGCAAAGAGAUUCCUCAUCUCGAAGCCCACCAGCAAGUGAUGAAUAUGAUGCUAGACAAUAUAAAAAAACACAGGAUGAUAGAGAAGAAAGGCAGCUAAAAAUGAACAAAAGUAAAAAGAAAAACUACACUGCAAAUGAUUACAGUAGUGAUGAUAAUUGAUUUGAUUGGAUCUGUGCGAGUAUUCUUUAAAAAUUGCAGGAUUAUUUUCAAGUUUUUGUUGAGUUUGUAGUAUUAGUUGUUUAUAAAAAUGAAAAUAUUUUGCAAAUGGCUUUUUUUUUUACAUUUUUUUUAAACUAUUUUUUUUAUGCUUAAAGCAUCAGCCAAAAACAAUUAAAGGUGCACUUAAGUGAAUCUCAGGAAAUGUGUAUUGAUAACAUUUUCUUUAUUUGCUAAAAUACUCAAUUUUUAUGCUUAAAGCUUUAUUUGCUGUAUCAAAAUAUUUUUAACAAUUUUUUUCUUCACUUGAUAAAAAUGUAUUGAACAAAUAAUUUUAUAUAAGUAACAUGAAUGCACACUAUUGAAGGAAGAGAAAUUUUUAAAAUUGGUAGAAAGGUAAUAAUUAAAUUCUUACUUAAUGCCAGGAAUGUUCCUUCUUUGAUUCUUCCCAUAACCACUCAAUUUUUAUGGAAAUUUUAUUGUUAGAUUACUAAACAACAGUAUGUCAAACCAUAUUUUAAUCUCCAAAAAAUAUUGAUGCCUUCAUUGUAGGAUGAACACUAAAAUCCAUAUUGUUUCUUUUAUUUUUCUGGGAAUAACAUCAUGAUUUUAAUUUUGAUGUGAAACAAAUUUAGCCAAUAUUUAAUCCAAUUUUUAAUUUGUUUAGUUUUUUUGAAAAUGGACUGAUUUUUCUUGAUGGUGCUAAGGUUUUAUUUUGCUAAAUGGCAUCAUGAAUGUGUAUGGUAACUUUUGUAGCUGAAUGAUUAUGUGCAUAAGUAAAGUUAAAAUGGAAAUUGUCAAUAUGUGGAAAAGUUUGUUGUGCUUUUAAAAGCUGUUAAAAUUUAUAUGUAUAAAAACUUUAAUGUGAUUCUUUUAUUUAUAUAUGGUUGAGCCAUGUUUACACUUUAGUCAAUAUGUUCUACCAACAUUUGAGUUGACUUGUAAAUGUCCCAAACUAGAAUAAGUAGAAAUACUUAUUAGUUGCACUGUGGAUUCCAUUCUUAUUUGCCUUUUAAAAAAUUGUUGCCUCUUUCUAAUUACUACAAUCGUCAACAAAAUGUUUCUUCUUUUUAUCACCAUCCAAAAUGUAAAUAAAAUGAAUGUUGUUAUUAAAAUAUCAAA